AUGAUGUGGUGUGCUAUAUGCGCCUGUAUACGUGAACCCACGUCGUCGUUAUAUGACGAUAAAAACAACCAUCCAAUGGCGUGUAUACAGCCGAUAUUAUAUGGGAAACUAUCUUCGGACGAAGGUUUAUUUGCAUCAAGGUCGCGGUUGCAUUAUAUCGAAGCUGAAUCGGUGCCGACAACAAUAGAUCCGACUGAGACGCUUGAAGACAUCAAUGAGGAGAGGUGUAUCAGACGUAGAGGAUCCGUCUGGCCAAAGUCAACUCUGCGGUAUGUUGACUUCGCAGCGGGGAGACGCGCCCAAUAA